UCUAGCUAGUAUACUCCUCGAGCCCACGAAGUGGAGGCUUGACUUAUCAAGCACGAGCAUCUGGAGCUCGCGUCCGUUUGCUGCGCCCUCCGCCGCCGCCGCCGCCGCGAUGAUGCAGUCGCACCUGCCUUCCCCGGCGAGGUUGGGGCUCACAGCCUCGUCGCCGUCGCUCCCUCCCAAUCCGGUCCCCUUGAAUCCCACGUCAUCGCCUCCACCCGGCAGUCUGCCCUCGAGUGCAGCCGCUGGCGCCAGCGCGGCCCCAACCCUAACCACCUCGCCGUCGCUGCUACCGCUCCUGCCGCCGCUUCCGCGCGCGCAAUCGCUGCUCCAGCUUAUAUCUUCGCUCGCCUCCAACCUCUUCGAGCUCUCGCCGAACCGCGCCGCGUGGAUCCAAGCGUACCGGGGGUCGUUCCCCACCUUCCUCCCAUCGGCGUCCUCCUCCGCGCCGCCGCUCCCAACCCCGAUCUCCUCCACCAAGGACGCCCUUUCUCUUCUCACCACCCUGCAGACGCAGCUCUUCGAGGCCGUCGCCGAGCUGCAAGAGACCCUCGACCUGCAGGAUGCGCGCGCGCGCCUUGCCCGCGAGGCGCGUGCCAAGGAUGCUGCGCUGGUAGCCUUUGCGAAGAAGCUGCACGAGGCUCACCAAGUACUUGACCGCCUCGUCGACGACUACGCUGACUACCGCCGCGAUCCCAAACGGCCGCGUGGCGCCGCUGCGGCUGACGACCCCGAGCCGGCGUCGGAGGGCGACUUCGGCACGUCCCUCCACUCCAGCCUUAAGCUGGAUGACAUCCUGGCCUAUGCGCAUCGCAUAAGUUACACAACCUUUGCUCCGCCAGAGCAUGGUGCUGGGUUGCCUCUCCGUGUCAGCCUGCCACCUGUACCACAGGAGAAUCAGAUGAGGGCGUCGCAGCUGUAUCUGUUUGCUGAUUUGGAUGUAGGGGUGCCCAAGAAGCCAUUGGAUGCGAAGGAGGGGAUCGCAGCAGAAGUGGAGGCUGCACCCCUGUAUGAACCACCACAGGAGGGGCCAUCGAGGCUACCAAACACCUUGCCACCCAUGUUCCCGAAGGAGCUAAAGCCGCCGCCGGGAUGGAAGCCUGGAGAUCCGAUCACGCUGCCACCUGAUGAGAUACUACCUGGUAUCAAGGGCGAAGAGCCACAGGCCCCUGUGCCACAGCCACAUGUUCCAGUGCGACCAGUGGCGCCAAUGGGCGCAGAGCCAAUACAGGUCCAGCCUGUGCAGCUUGAUUUUGAUAGCAGUAGUAGUGAUGAGUACAGUAGUGACGUUGGGAGCUCAGAAGAAGAUGAUGAGGAUUAGUGCUUGGUAAGCUGCUCCUUUUUGUUGGCUUUCAAUUGUAAUUGCCUUCUAUCAUAUGCUUGGGCUUUUCGAGUAGAAUCUUCUAUGCUAGCGAUUUUACCUCCUCAUGUCUUCCUGACUACUUAUGAACUUUAGGUCUGAUCUCAGAUCAUUGUAAGGGUGCUUUAUCCUGAACUUCAUAAAUCAGUGUAUUCUACCAUUGAUUUUACUUAUUAUA